CGUUACAGCCUCCAGCGUGGGGCGGCUGUAGCUGGGGGUUCUGCUGGAGUUGGAGCUGGUGGUGCUGGGGGUGCUGGGUCGCAGCCGUCGCCUCCCUCCCUACAGCGACUGCGUGAGUGGUACGCUCGGCGCUGCACCCUCCUGAGCGGAGCUCCUGGCCCUGGGGUGCCGCCCACUGGUGCUGCUGGAGGUACUGGUCCUGGAGGUGCUCGUAAAGGCGGUGCUGGAGCUGCUGGGACUGGGGGUUUUGCUGGAGCUGGUGCUACUGGAGGUGCUGCUGGUGCUGGAGUUGGAGCUGCAGGUGCUGGAGCUGCUGGUGGAGCUGAGGACGCCGGGUCUACUGGAGUUGGUGUCGCUGACGACCAUGGGGUUGGUCCUACAGGUGCUGGAGCCGACGGUGCGGCUGGAGUUGGCACUACUAGAGCUGUUUGUGGUACUGCUAGCGUUGGAGCUGUUGCUGGGGGUUCUGAUGCGGUCCCUGUACUUU